AUUUCUCACUUUACUCUCAUACUGAUUAUUUUCUUUAUCUUUGGACUCAGUGAUCAGUAAAGAACACAGGGAAACACUUUCAAAAAAGAUUUUUGUGAAGUUUGUUUUAGAGUCGACAGCAGAUCUUUGGUGAUUCUGAUGAUUAUUCAUUACUGAAAGCAACAUUCAGAAAGUGAAAGUAAAGUUCAGAUCGUUGGAGCUUUUAUAAACGGAGGAAAUGGAUUCACUAUCUGUGGAAGAACUUUCUUGUCCCGUGUGCUUUGAAAUCUACAAGAAUCCUGUUGUUCUGUCGUGUAGUCACAGUGUAUGUAAAGAGUGUCUUCAACAGUUCAGGAAAACCAAGAGAACUCAGGAGUGUCCUGUCUGCAGGAGCAGAUAUUCAAAAGCAGAACCUCCUUGUAAUCUUGCGUUGAAGAACUUAUGUGAGUUGUUUGUGAAGGAGAGAAAUAAGAAGGAGAUCUGCAGUUUACACAGUGAGAAACUCAAACUCUUCUGUCUGGACGAUAAACAGCCGGUGUGUUUCGUGUGCAGAGAUUCACAAAAACAUACCAAUCACAAAUUUCUCCCCAUCUGUGAAGUUAUUCCAUCUUACAAGGAGGAACUCAAUACAGCACUGAAGUCUUUACAAGAGAAACUCAAACACACACAAAACAAUAUAGGAGAGUUUGAUAAAUCAGUUAAACACAUCAAGACUCAAGCUGAGCACACAGAGCGUCAGAUUAAAGAGGAGUUUAAGAAACUUCAUGAGUUUCUCCGAGAUGAAGAAGAAGCUACAAUCACUGAACUGAGAGAGGAAGAGGAGCAGAAGAGUCAGAUGAUGAAGGAGAAGCUUGAGGAGAUGAACACACACAUCUCAGCUCUUUCACACACAAUCAAAGACAUGGAGGAAAUGAUGAAAGCCAAUGAUGAUGUCUCAUUUCUAAAGAACUUUAAUGUGACAAUGGGAAGAGUCCAGAGCUCACAGCCGGAUCCACAGAUGACUUCUGGAGCUUUCAUUCAUGUGCCACAUUACUUGGGCAACCUGACAUUCAGAGUCUGGAAGAAGAUGCAAGACAUUGUCCACAAGACUCCUGUGAUUCUGGAUCCAAACACUGCAAAUCCACGUCUGAUCCUGUCUGAUGAUCUGACCAGUGUGAGAUACAGUGAGAACAGUCAAACAUUACCUGAUAAUCCAGAGAGAUUUAAUUUAUACCCUUGUGUUCUGGGUUCAGAGGGUUUUAACUCAGGAACACACUGCUGGGAUGUGGAGGUUAAAGACAAUAAUAAAUGGAUUCUUGGAGUAACUACAGCAUCAAACCAGAGGAAGGGAUAUGAUUUCUUUAACACUGAUGUCUGGAGUGUGGGGUACUAUAAUCUUGGAUUGUUCUCACGGUUUUCCUCCACUAUGUUUCGUGUCACACAGAAUCUUGAGCAUGUGAGAGUUCAUCUGGAUUAUGACGGAGGAAAAGUGUCAUUCUCUGAUCCUGUAACUAACACACAUCUACACACAUACACACUCACAUUUACACACACACUCUUGCCAUUCUUCAGGAAUUAUGAUGCCACUCCUCUGAGGAUUUUACCAGUAAAAUGUUUGUAACAACAGAAAAUCACAGUAAUAUCUGAUUCUUUUUUCUUUGAGAUAUUUCAGAUUAAAUAUAUAAAUCAUAACCCAACAUUGAUUAAACAACUAACAUUUAAUCAAAUAAGAUUGAGUAUUACCAUCCCACACGACUUCUUAACCAGCUCUUUCAUAGUUCACAGAAAUCUGUUCAAUUUGAUCAUACUGUAAAAACACUUCAUUUCAACAUUUACUCUCCCCAUCCAGUCUGUUUGUUUGUUUUGUUUUGAUCUGUAUUGUUAAAUAACAACAGAAGGUCACAUGAUGACUUAAAGUUCAUCAAGAGUGAAUCAUCCAGGAGAAAUAAUUACAGUAAUAGUAGUGGCCCGACUCUGCUAAAUAAUCUCUGGAAUAAAUUAAAAGAAGUGUGUCAGUUUAAAAUAUAAACAGUAAGAUUAGCAAACACAGAACAUUCCUAAUCUAACAUGACUUUAUAAUACAGAACGCUUGCCAAUGGUUGUUUGUGAUAACCAAAAUCUAACGAUUCAGGAACCAUAAGUUGUUAGCUGGUUUAAACUUAGAUAAACAUGACAGGAUCAAGGAAAUUAUAUUACUUUAACUACUGUAUAUUUAGCAGAGUUUCUGCAGGUUAUGAAGUUAAAUUUAAGACUUUUUAAGAUCAACUAAAGAAAAUGCAAAAAAUCAAUUGAAGGGAACACAACACGUCAAUAUAUUCUGUAAAUGUCUAGAGAACACAUGAAGAGUUAUAUAUAUAGCAACACUUCAGUCAGGCCUAGUCUUCAUUCUGAAACAACUUAACAUUGUGUGUGUGUAGAGUGUGUGUGAGAGUGUGUGUGAGAGUGUGUGUGUGAGUGUGUGUGUGUGUGUGUGUGUGUGUGUGUGUGAGAGUGUUUUUGCAUGUGUGUGUGUGUGUGAGUGUGAGUGUGUUUGAGUGUGUGUGUUAGUGUGAGUGUGUUUUUGCAUGUGUGUGUGUGUGUGUGUGUGUGAGUGUGUUUAAGUGUGUGUGUGAGUGUGUUUUUGCAUGUGUGUGUGAGUGUGAGUGUGUUUGAG